GUGAAUUUAAAAGAAAGGUUUAUGUAAGAUAUUGAAAUAGACAUCCUCAUUACAGUUCCAGAAUUUAAGAAAAAUGAGGAUUAAGUCUAAUAUAGAGUUCAGUAAAACAUAAUUUAAAUUUUAUUAGCUUUCAAAACUAGAAAAUACUUUAAGGAUUCUAAAUUCAUUUAAGAUAUUCAGAACUUAAAAAGUUUCAUGAAAGUCUAGAAACAUUAAAAGUUAACUUACCAAUCUUCCCAGGAUCUUAUUGGUGGAAAUCUGUUAAUACUAAUUUAUAACUUAUUGAAUAAAGAAGACAAUUACUUGAUUCUUAUUUCUAAGGUUUGACUGAAAUCAAAUAAGUUAGAGAAUCUUUGAUUUAUAAGAAUUUUGUUUUAGCAGCUAAAAAAGAAAGUGAUAAAAAAGUUUAAAAAGUAACAAUUUAUUUAUAUUUUUAAGGAGAACAAAGAGAGAGCUAAAAAAUGUGAUAAUUAGAUUAAAACUUCUAAAAACAAAAAAUUAGUAUUAUAAUUUAUUACUCCAAUACCAAAUCCAGUUAAUUUGCCACCUACUCCUGAUGAUAGAAAAGAAAGAUCUCAUUCUGUGGAGCAUAAACCAGCAAAUAAUAAAUAGAAAAAUGAAAGUAAAAGAACAAACAAAUAAUAAUCACCAGUAUAAUCAUUAUUUUACACUUUUUUAGGUACUUAAUUUUGGUGGAUCCAAAAUCUUUAGAGGAAUUUUAUCUAAUGCUGCUAAAUAAUGAG